UUUCAGCAGUCAACCCUCAGUGCACCACCACCACCUCAUCUUCGCGCUCUUCGCCAUGUCGACCAUUGCGCCCCGCCACGCCUUACGACAGUGCGUCCGCCGGGCAUCCGCGUGCUCCUCUGCCUCACACGUCCCUCGCGCGUGCGUCGCCGCCCGUGGGCGAAGGAGCUAUGUCUCCGAGUCCAAACCACACAACGCCACAGUCAAUAUCGAAAGCACCAUCCGCCAGGACCAGCGUGCGUUUCUGGCAGAGACGGGUAUCAAGCCCAAGGAUACUACUAUGCCGCAGACCAAUGUGUCUGCCGACGCCGCCAUGAGCCCCGUGGCGGGCAUCCUCAAAGAAGCCACCGUCAUGGACCAAGGCACACGACCCAUAUAUCUCGAUGCUCAAGCCACCACGCCGACCGAUCCCCGCGUGCUUGACGCCAUGCUGCCCUUCUUCACCGGCCUCUACGGAAACCCGCAUUCGAGGACGCAUGCUUAUGGGUGGGAGACGGACAAGGCCGUUGAGGACGCGCGGCAGCACAUUGCCGAUCUCAUUGGAGCUGAUGCAAAGGAGAUCAUCUUCACCAGUGGCGCAACCGAGAGCAACAACAUGAGCGUCAAGGGUGUCGCGCGCUUCUUCAAGAAGGGAGGCAAAAAGAACCACAUCAUCACUGCCCAGACUGAACACAAGUGUGUGCUGGACAGCUGCAGGCAUCUGCAAGACGAGGGCUUCGAGGUCACUUACCUGCCCGUGCAGUCCAACGGAUUGAUUGACAUGACAGAGUUGGAGAAGGCGAUGCGGCCAGAGACAUGUCUGGUCUCCAUCAUGACUGUCAACAAUGAAAUAGGUGUGGUGCAGCCUGUGGAAGAGAUUGGUAAGCUGUGUCGAAGCAAGAAGAUAUACUUCCACACCGAUGCAGCGCAGGCAGUUGGUAAGAUCCCUCUCGAUGUAAACAAGAUGAACGUGGACCUCAUGUCCAUCUCUGGACACAAAAUCUACGGACCAAAGGGGAUCGGGGCUUGCUACGUGCGAAGACGACCGCGCGUGAGAAUCGACCCUAUCAUCUCUGGUGGUGGGCAAGAGCGUGGUUUGCGAUCAGGAACGCUCGCUCCGCCACUCAUCAUCGGUAUGGGCGAGGCCGCUAGAAUUUGCAAGGAGGAGAUGGAGUACGACAGCAAGCGCAUUGCUGCUCUUUCGCACAAACUCACGUCUGGCUUACUAGCAAUGGAGCACACAUCUUGUAAUGGCGACCCUUCUCGUCGUUACCCUGGAUGCGUGAACAUCUCCUUUGCCUACGUUGAAGGUGAAUCCCUCCUCAUGGCGCUCAAGGAUAUUGCUCUCAGCUCUGGUUCGGCUUGCACUUCUGCCUCUCUUGAGCCUUCAUACGUGCUCAGAGCGCUCGGCAGUUCCGACGAAUCGGCACAUAGCUCCAUUCGCUUCGGGAUCGGGAGAUUUACCACAGAUGCGGAGAUUGAUUAUGUGCUCAACGCUGUGAAGCAAAGGGUCACGUUCUUGAGGGAGUUGAGUCCGCUUUGGGAGCUGGUGCAGGAAGGCGUGGACCUAAACACGAUUGAGUGGUCGCAACACUAGAUGAGGCUGGUGUUACUCCACUUCUUAGGUAGCUUCGAAGUGUGCAGCGAAGCUAAUGGAGCACUGCAAUCCAUUAAUGGGGAAUCAUCUCUUUCUUGUACAUUGGUAAUAGUAGCAGAAUGGCGCCGGCGCAACGGAACGAAUCAUCGCGAUUUUAGCGCAUGGAAGAAGGACUCUAGGUGAUGGGAGCUUUUAGUGGUUACGAUUUUACUAUCGUGGUCUUGUAUACCUACGCCGAAUGCAACGCCGAUUGAUGCAGCUGCCGCAUUGUGAGGCUAGCUCAUAC